AUGAACGUAAUUGAUAUUUUGGAAAUGAUAGACAGUGAGGAAUUAGGCGAGGAGAGACAAGUGAUUUCAAGGUCAUAUUUGAGAGACGUACAAGACCCAUUCCAAUUACUUAACGAGAAUGAGUUUACACAACGGUACAGGUUUUCGAAAGACAGCGUGCUUAUUUUACUCGAUAUUAUAAAAAAUGAUACUGGAAUGGUUGUCCGCAAGCAUUCCCUCCCACCAAUUCUUCAACUUCUCACCGCACUGCGUUUUUUCGCUUGUGGUCAUUUUCAGAUGACAGAUGGCGACCUGAUGGGAAUGAGUCGACAUACUGCUCGGAGAUCUAUCCAUAGAGUUGCGACUUGUUUUGCCAAGCAGAAACGUAAAUUUAUUGAUUUUUUGGGUCAAGAUCUUUCCAAAGUUAAGCAAAAUUUUUUCAAUGUGGCUGGCUUUCCAUCUGUCAUUGGGGCGAUUGACUGCACGCACGUGUCAAUUCAGUCGCCAGAGGGUGAAGAUGCAGAGGUGUUUCGUAACAGAAAAGGGUAUUUUUCCAUAAAUGUACAGGCGAUUUGCGAUGCCAACCGAGUGAUUACUAAUAUUGUGGCAAGAUGGCCUGAAUCCACUCAUGACUCUAGGAUUUUUGCCAACAGCAUCAUCCACGAUAAAUUAGAGAGAAAUGAAGUUGAUGGAUAUUUGUUGGGGGAUAAUGGCUACCCUUGUAAACCAUAUUUGUUUACCCCUCUCCUAAACCCUACAAGUGGCAAAGAAAAUCGCUACAACAAGGCGCACAUCCACACCAGAGCUAGGAUUGAGCAGUGUUUCGGUAUUCUGAAACAAAGAUUUAGAGUCUUGCAGAGUGAAAUGAGGACAAGGCUGGACAACACCCUAACCAUUAUAGUGGCAGUUGCUUGCUUGCAUAAUUUUGCCAUGAAAACAAAUCAGCCAUUAGAACACGAUCUUGCCAUAGCUACAAGCGAUGACACAGAACCAAGUCAACAAAUACAGUCUUCCCAAGCAGGUCAUCUUGCACGUGCAAACAUUAUUGACCAAUACUUUUGA